CUUGAUGAUGUCACUGCUAUGAAAUGUUGUGCCAUGUGGCAUUUCCAUGAACCAUAUGAAGUGUAUGAGAAAGAUCUUUUUCAUGUACUCUCAUAAAUGUGUUACUACAUGUGAACUUGGCUCUACAUAUAAUAGAUAGUUAAGUGGUGUUUUCAUGUUUUAAAUAAUUGUAGUUUGUGUGAGAGACUCAGGAUGUGGAGGUUUUUGUGCGGUCUCACUCUGUCUACUGUACAGUAUUGUGUAACACUUUGUGUCGCAAGCCACGCCUUUUGACCACCCCUCCUAGCGAACAGUAGUUACAGCUGAGCCUGGCUCAAACAUAUAAGAGAGUUGCCAGCAGCUAUGGAGUAAAUUAUCUGCAGGACAGGACAAGUAUCAGACUUGACAGAAACAUGUUAUGGACAAUAUUCUUAUUAUUUAACGGACUGCUGAUACUGGUUCUUCUCUACACCACUCGCACGAGACAGAAAAAUGAGCCACCUCUGGACAAAGGCUUGCUGCCGUGGUUGGGGCACGCUCUUGAGUUCGGUAAAGAUGCCGCAAAGUUUUUGGCCCGGAUGAAAGAAAAGCAUGGGGAUAUCUUCACAGUCCGUGUUGCUGGUAGUUACGUGACCGUGCUGUUGGAAGCCAACUCUUUCGACGCCGUGCUGAGUGACACCAUCUUCUUGGACUUCACCCGCAGCAAAAACCAGCUCCUGAAAAGAAUCUUCAGUCUGCAGCCGCCAAGCAUCAAACCUGCAGCAGAGAGGAAAUGGAUGGAACAGCAUUUUCAAGGUGUCAGUCUCUCCAGACUCAACAGCUCCAUGACAGCUCACCUUCAGCACCUGCUGCUGAGUGACCACAAAGGCUGCAGCCCUUCAGAGUGGAGACGGGAUGGACUCUUCAGUCUUUGUUACAGCCUUCUUUUCAGGGCUGGGUAUCUAACGUUGUUUGAGAGGGGAGACAACACUGCGGCAGUCUACACAGAGUUUCGCAAGUUUGACGGUCUUCUUACCAAACUGGCCCGCGGCACAAUCAAACGAGGGGAAAGUAAAAUAGCCAACUCAUCCCGGGAGCGGCUGUGGGAGCUGCUGUCCCCAGACAGGCUGAGCGGAGGGUCAGAGUCCCAGUCAUGGCAGCAGAGCUACCGACGCUUCCUGCAGGAGGAGGGAGUCGAUGAAGAGAUGCAAAAAAGAGCGCUACUCUUGCAGCUGUGGACCACACAGUGUAAUGCUGGACCUGCUGCCUUUUGGCUCCUCGGCUUCCUGCUCACUCACCCUGAGGCCAUGGAGGCUCUUAAAUCAGAGAUCAGAGGCCUUCCUCUCCAGGCCACUUCCCUACAGCAUCCCCACAUCAACCCAGUGGAAGCCCACUGCACACCUGUUUUUGAUAGCAUUCUGAGUGAGACCCUACGGCUCACCGCUGCCGUAAUUAUCAGCAGAGAGGUUUUGCAGGACAAAAUCCUGCGCAUGGCCAGUGGACGGGAGUAUCGCCUCAGACGUGGGGACAAAGUGUGUUUGUUCCCCUUCCUCAGCCCUCAAAUGGACCCGGAGAUACACCAAGAACCACAGGAUUUCAAGUAUGAUCGCUUCUUAAAUGACGAUAUGACACUGAAGGAUAAAUUCUACAAGGAUGGAAAGAGGCUGAGGUAUCACACCCUGCCCUGGGGUGCAGGCAGAAACAUGUGCGUCGGGAAAGAGUUUGCUGUUACAGCCAUUAAACAAUUUGUGUUCCUGCUCUUGACCCACCUCGAUCUGGAGAUGUGCGACCCCGAGGCCAAACUGCCGCCAGUCAAUCCCAGCCGCUACGGCUUCGGGAUGCUCCAGCCCGACGGAGAUCUGCAGGUCAGAUACCGACUGAAGAGGACGCGGCCUGAAAUGUGACUUGACAAUAUGAUUAACUGUAAAUACUGUUGAUUGAUCACCCUUUUUUUGUUGCACUGUUGUAUGCACUAUUUAUUCUAAUCAUAUUUACAAUCAUUUAUUUUUCAUAUUUAAAUCUGUUUGUUAAAAUUUUCAAUUAAAAGAAAAAAAGACAGAGUA